AUGCAGACUUAUUCGCUAUCCACCGCGCCGGCAAAUGGCCCCAAAAACUACGUCUUUGUCGAUGAGCAUAAUCGACAUAAGCGACUCAAGGUUAUGAGAGCUUGCGAAAAUUGUCGCCGUCGAAAGAUCAAAUGUGAUUCCGCCACCACAAACACCUGGCCAUGUGCCGCAUGUGUUCGACUCAAAUUACAUUGUGUCCCACCAGCUGGAGGGUUGGAAGGCGAUGAUGGAAUCGACCCAGGAAAUGUAUCGCUAGAUUCCGUUGAUGCGACGUCUUUUACCCACCAGUCCGUCACAACAAUCCCUCAAGCACAACCCUACCAACAUAACCCCGCCUUCCAGCUUAAUCAGGCCGAUGCUUUUCAUUAUGACGCUUACGCUACCAAUUAUCAAAAAUCACCUUUUGACCAACUCGAUAAGCCCUAUGGUAACUACUAUCCAAGUCCGCAACAAUAUCCUGGAACCUUGAACGAUCCCUACCAUCAAGCUUCUCAGAUAUAUCAACCAAACCAGCCCGAAGUUGAACAUGUACGGUCAGAGAGAGCCGGCUCGUCUCCCUCCGAUCAUUUUACCGCUGAGGACUUGAUGGAACACCUAGGCACGUUGAAAAUCGGCGAAAAUGGUGUUGCCCCAUAUCUGCGGCCAGACAAGACGACUGGAAAGGAGAUCGAAGCCCCCCUCCAAGAACCCGAGCCUGAGCCCAACAUUUCUGCUGCUUUAAGUACUGGUGCAGGUUCGCAAAUUCGAAUACCACCCGAAUUGAUGCCGUCUCAGGAGGACGCGAUGCAGGCGUUCAAGACCUUUUUCAGAGAUGUCCACCCUUAUGCCCCUGUUCUCUGCAGAAGUCAUUUCUACAAUCAGUGGCAGAGUGAUCGAUCUUCUAUGAGCCCCCUGGUCCUUGAAGCAGUCCUCGCCAAUGCCGGUCGACUUUCAGAUGACCCCGCUCAGGGAGCCCAGUGGUUGGCUCUGGCGAACAAGCAUGAGGCGUCCUUCCUGGAUAGCCCGCGACUAAGCACGCUGCAGGCUUUAAUCUUGCUGUUAAAAGCCCGAGAGAGUGCGCCGAAAAGAGGGUAUUACUACCGCUCCUGGAUGACAUGCAAAACAGCUGUCUCCAUGGCAAAGGAUCUUGAACUUGACGAGCAUUUCGACACCCAUGCAGCAGGAGAGCAAUGUGGCUCAGAUCCGGUAGACUGCUUAACAAAGACGCGUGUCUGGCAGACUUUACUGGUCUGCGAGACAAUGGUGGGAGGCCCUCAAGGUCGCACUGAUCUUGCGGUUGAUCCGAAUUCAGUCGAAACAAGCGCAACUCCACCAUGCUCGGAUAUCGAUGAAUUCGAGAAGUCCAUAUCAAGGCAAUUCGCCUAUUUUGUCCGAAACGUCCGCAAUAUUCGACUCAUCACCGUCGUCUCGCACAAGCUCAAGAAGAAAAAGGACUGGGGCUUGGACCAGGAAUUCGUCGCAUACAACACCACUUUCAGGAAAUGGCCCGAUGAUCUACCUAAAGACCUUCAGGUAGUACUACCUCCGGAUGGGACUGUUCCAAAGGUAUCCUCCCACUUCUUGGGCAACAUGCAUUCGCACUACCACCUCGCAAUCGUCAUGCUUCGGCGGCCUCAACUCUCUGCGACUCAAACGUACUCUGCAGAUGGGGCGUGGAAGCAACAUAUGACUGUGUGCUACAACUCUGCAAAAGUGCUUUGCAAACUACAAGAAGGCAUUCUUGCGAGUUUUGAUCUCACAGGCCUUUUGUGUAUGCAACGCGGUAUUAAUUUCACCAUUUACGCCAUUCUUACCUGCAUCAUGAUUCACCUUGUCGCGAUUUCCUCCCCUGACCCGGACAUCAAUAACGAUGCACGCGAUUACUUUGUCCGACACAUGCGAAUUCUCGAGAAAUGCAUAUCUGCUUGGCCGAUGACCGAGACGGAGGCACAGAUUAAUGCACUGCGUGCAGCUUUUUCAGCAGAUGUCACCAAGCCUUUCGAGUUGAGAGAAUCAUUUCCAUUAGGGUCACCCUCUGAUCAGUCAGGUCCAUCGCCUGUCCCUCAGUCAGCAGCAGUACCGCAACCGAAUAUCCUUGAAUUGCAACAACAGCCGGCAAAUGCCUACAUGCCCCAACACCUGCAACUCAACACCAUGCGUGGGCAACCCCCUUACUUAGCCACACCUCCCAUAUCAGCUUACUCAGCGACCGAUUCCAAACCACAGACCCCCAUCUAUUCCUCACCCUACGAACUGCCCGAGCACCCUCAAUAUCCCACUAUGCCGACUAGCGCUGGGGGCUACUACCAGCAUCCAACUGCCGCACCGGGUUCUGACCUUCAAUGGAACCCCACUCCCAUCAUUCAACAAUUUGACACGGCAUUUGCCAUCCAACCCUCACAGCUUGCACCCCCUCCUUCACUCUACGGUGGCAGCGGUGCCUCCCCUCCUGGAGUCUCUGGCGUGUCCAUGAAUAAUUCAAGCUUCGCCUCGACCAAUUCUCCCCCGUUCACGACCUCCCCGACAGGAUACAACCAACACCAACAGCAGCAGCAGCAGCAGUACUUCGCACAGCACGCUCAAGCUUUCCACCCGGAUACCAGUAGCCCCCUCUCCGUCCAACCAGUCCAGCUCCCCAGCUCCGCGAACACCGGCUAUGCUACCACCGGCGCCGGUGCUGCAGCCAUGCAGUUUGUGACUCCCCGGCAGUGGCAACAGAGUGUCCAGAGCGUUAUUGACCCGGCUGGCUUGAAGAGGCGUUGGGACUACGAUCAGCAUUAA